CUUGCACUUACAUUGACACUACUGCCUUCCCACGUGCUUAUUAGAUUCCUCUUCGUUGGUUGAGUGCCCCACGUUACUUCGCAGCUACGCAUUUCACUCAACUUCUUCGUCAACUUUUCGCAAUCUAGAAGCUGGUCCGUGAGAACGUCGCCUGUCGAUUCCAAGCGAGGACAAGCAUGUCAAGUUACCGAGCUUAAUGUCUGCAUAAUCCUAGUCGAAGAUUGGGGUGUUGAACGGGAUGGAUUUCCCGAAAUCGCGCUCCGGCGCAAGUCGAAAGGACUAUAAGUACCAACCGCUGAACGGAGAUGCUGUACAUCAAACACGUCGGACCUCAAGAGCAAGGCCUAUCGCCAUCAUGGUACUCCUAAGCCUUUCUGUCCUGGCCUUGUUCUAUACGACCUCGGUAACGUCAACGCAAGCACCGAAACAGUCCUGUGACACGAUCGAGCAUGGCUACGUGUGCGAUCCCAAGAUCGCAAAGUUUUGGGGACAAUACUCUUUGUACUACAGCGUCCCUUCCGAGAUCCCUGACCAAGUCCCUCCUGGAUGUUCCAUUACAUUUGCGAACAUGUUGUCUCGUCACGGGGCUCGUGAUCCCUCAGCAAGCAAGACCGCUAAGUACAAUGCCACAAUUGCGAAGCUGAAGAAGAAUGUGAAAGAGUACAAAGGAAAAUAUGCCUUCCUGAAAGACGUUCAAUACACUCUGGGUGCUGACGAGCUCACUACAAUUGGACGUCAACAGUUGGUUAACUCUGGUAUCAAAUUUCAUCGGCGAUAUGUAAAUUUGGCAAAGAACAGCUUGCCUUUUGUUCGAACCGCAGGGCAGAACCGUGUAGUCGAGUCAGCACAGAAGUGGAUCGAAGGAUAUGCCUCGGAGCAACCACACCAAGCUUCUCCAGCUCUCUCGGUCAUCAUACCAGAAGAGCGAGGCGUAAAUAACACCCUGUCGCACGGAGGAUGCUAUGAAUUCGAAGACGGCGCUGCCUCAGAGAUUGGGGAUGAUAACAAAGCUGUCUGGGCCAGCGUCUUUCUACCACCGAUCCAAGCGCGCCUCAACAAGGACCUUGCUGGUGCCAAUUUCACCCUGGACGAAACUCUUUACAUGAUGGACUUGUGUCCUUUCGAGACGGUUGCUGAUCCACAGGGUUCACCUUCGGCUUUUUGUAACCUGUUCACUGAGAACGAGUUCCACCAGUACGACUACUAUGAGACUCUCGACAAAUGGUACGGCUAUGGUAACGGUAACCCGUUGGGGCCCACCCAAGGGGUAGGAUAUGCAAACGAGCUCAUUGCACGCCUAACGCGAAGGCCUGUGGUGGAUCAUACCACUACAAACUCGACGCUGGAUAAUAAUGAUGCAACGUUCCCCCUGAACCGCACGCUCUACGCAGACUUUUCCCAUGAUAACGACCUUGCAGGUGUUUAUGCAGCACUUGGCCUCUACAACUCUACUACACAGCUCUCGAAUAGUACUCUGCAAGGUACAGAUAAAACGAAUGGGUACUCGGCCUCUUGGGCUGUGCCUUUUGGAGCUCGUGCAUACUUUGAAAAGAUGCAGUGUGCUGGCCAGAAGUCAGAGCUCGUGCGUAUAGUGGUGAAUGAUAGAGUAAUACCCCUGAAGACAUGUAAUGCAGACAUCUUCGGGAGGUGCACGCUGGAUAAUUUUGUCAACAGCUUGAGUUUUGCUACAUCUGGAGGACGCUGGAAUGAAUGCGGAUCCGCACCAGCUUAAAGAAGUAAACGAAUAACGAAGCCAUCGGUCAGAACCACAUUCGAACAUAUAAUUAGAGGAAUGAAAAGCACAAUAAUGUGCCAUUGUCUCCAC